GACAGUUGCCUUUUGGUUCAAUCCGUUUGUGGAUUUUGGGUGUGCUUAAAAAUUUAAAUAAAUCCAACAAAAUAAAAUAAAUAAAUUAGAAAAGAUUGGGAAAUCUUGACUUAAAGUGGUUACCAAAUCACAGAAAAGUUAACAAUCUGAGACAUUUGCCAUCCUGUUGGUGAGAUUUAUUCAAAAUAUGGCGUCUUUUGCGGCGCAAGCAGCUCUGCGGUCACGUUGGAGUUCACUUAUAGAGUCUACCAGCGUUGAUGUACCUGGAGAAGUCACAGAUGGUGUCCGUUCCGUUGUGGGAUGGCUUAAACAGGCAUCUUUGGAGGUGCGUCAAGUGGGCAGACGGGCAGUGAAUCAACUCUCUGGCCGAGGGAUGGGGGAUGACGUGGUCAUCAUACACUUCAACGAUGUCUACAAUAUCGAGCAGGUUACUAGUACAGAGCCAGUGGGAGGUGCCCUGAGAUUCAGUACGGCUGUAAAGUCAUUGCACCAUCUCAAUCCUUUAGUUUUAUUCAGCGGGGACGUCUUUUCGCCGAGCAUGUUAAGCACAUUCACGAAGGGAGAACAAAUGGUGCCUGUCUUAAAUGAAGUUGGAACACAUUGCGCAGUUUUUGGAAAUCACGACUUUGAUUUUGGUCUCGACGUCUUAUCUGGAUUAGUGGCUAAAUGCAAUUUUCCGUGGUUGAUGUCAAAUGUCAUAGACAACGAGACGGGAAGGCCGCUGGGCGACGGCAAAAUAACACACGCACUUAUAUGUAAUGGACAUAAGAUUGGACUUAUCGGAUUGGUCGAACAGGAAUGGCUGGAUACGUUAGCCACUAUUAAUCCAGAAGAGGUGACCUUUAUUGACUUCUUACAAGCUGGUUCCAAGUUGGCUUCUCAGCUCAAAGAAGAGGGUUGUGAAUAUGUUAUCGCUCUAACGCACAUGAGAUCCCCAAAUGACAUAAAACUUGCAGAGGGUGACAAUAAAAUAGAUCUCAUAUUGGGAGGACACGAUCAUGUCUACGAAGUUCUAGAGAUAAACAACAAAUACAUAGUGAAGAGCGGCACAGACUUCCGUCAGUUUAGUAAGAUUAAUAUAAACUUUGCCGAAGACUGCGCACGCGUCGAUAUUUCUGAAGUAGGUGUCACCAGUUCCUAUGAAGAGGACCCGGUUUUGAAGUCUAAGGUUGAGCAGUAUUCAGCGAUGAUUGACGGUAAAAUGGAUGAAGUACUGGGCAAGUUCUAUGUGCCUUUGGAAGGUCGGUUCUCAUGCAUUCGUCGUCAGGAGUGCAACCUUGGCAACUGGGUGUGUGAUGUAUUACUGGCAGCGACAGGAGCCGACUUGCUCUUACUAAAUUCUGGAACUUUCCGAUCUGACCAGGUCCAUCCUGCAGGUGAUUUCACUCUUCGAGACCUGUGUACUAUAAUUCCCAUGCGAGAGCCUCUGGUAGUAGUGGAAGCCACUGGUGAAACGGUUCUGAAAGUGCUGGAAAACUCUGUCAGCAAGUAUCCAAGUUUAGAAGGACGGUUUCCACAGGUUGCGGGAGUUUCGUUUGCCUUCAAUCCAUCGAAGCCUGCGGGUGAAAGGGUAGCGGAAGAAGUGGUCAAAAUCGGCGAUGAAUACCUACAGAGGGAUCAGAAGUAUAGACUUGCGAUUAAACAGUAUUUACAUUCGGGUAAUGACGGGUUUACUAUGCUACCUGACUGUCCGGUAUUGGUGUCAGAUGACAUGUGCCCAGAAAUAGGUAUGGCGAUACAAAACCAUUUCGCUGCGAUCAACGUACGAACGGGACGCUCUCGCCCGUCUAAGCAUCGACAAUCGCUCGUUACGCUGAGCCGUCGACAUAGUCUUGUGAAGAUGUUGGACAACAGUGAGCUGGAUGGUCCACCUCCGUUGAGGAGGGCAUCAUCAGCCGCCGAGUCACCACACACGCACCACAGAUUAACGCGUCGCGCAUCGCUGGAUGAUUUGGAGCAAAACGCUUGUGAACUAGCCCCAAAAGUCGAGAAUAGGAUAAUUGUUCUAGACAAGCCAGAUAAAUUACAAGAACUAUUGGCUGAGCGGGCGAGAUGGGAGUCGGACUCCGUGAUAAAAGAGGUUGAUGACGAAAGCUCACCUUAAACAAUGUAAGGCUCACAUUACGCAAUGUCUUAGAUGCAUUAUUUUUCCCUUUGUAAUUUAUUUACUAUCAAUUUAAACCUUAUUUAUAUGGUAAUACAGUGACAAAUCGUGUGGCUACUGUCAAAAGUAGUUUUAAGUUUCUUAUUCAAAGUCUAGUGCAAGUACAACGAAAAAAUACUUAAAUGUGACAAGUUUUUGGAAUGUAAUAUAAAUAAUUUACACUUGGGCACCAAAUGCGUUGCCAUGGUUACCAUACCUGGAAUUUGUUGCCAUGGUAACGCUAUCUUAAAUCUGGUUUUAUUUAUUCACUUAUCACUUUGGAAUCAUCCAAUUUUAGUGACAAAUGAAGUUUCUGUCGAUUUGGAACACGGUGAUGAGUUAUUUAUGUACAAUAAAACAAAUGAAUAAAGGAUAUUUAAAAAAAAUAUUUGCUGUACUAAAUCUUCACAUUGCAAAACAAUUUUCUGUUAUAAAUUGUUAUUCUAUUACCAUAUAAAUUGUACAUCUUAUUUGAGGACGUUUUCCAAAGCCCUAUAAAAUUACGAAAAUUUGAUCUGAUUUUUUUGAAACAAUUUAUAAAUCAAAAACCUCAAAUACACAGCUGUCUAUCUUGUCCAUAUAAAUCAAAAUCCAAACAUUAAUUUUAUCAAAGGGCAUUGUGGAAUGUAGGUAAUAUUUACGUAUUAAUAUUGUUUAAGGUUGUGUAAAGACAACGAUAUUAUUUUAGCGACAAUUGAAUAAUAUUUUUAAUUUAUUACAGUAAUCAGCGGUCUAAAUAAAAAAAAUAAUCGAAAAUUAAAUUAUCAUAAUUUUUAUAAUCUAAAGGUCAAAAAUAUUUUUUUAAUUAUUAUUCAACAUCGAAUUGACACCCAUUAUACGUAAAAGACAGAACAUUGUCUUUAAAGAAUCUCAAUGCUUUUAGAAAAAGCUUUACGCUUUUGCUUUUACGUAAAAAUGUCUAUUUAGCAAUAUUACUAAAAUCUAAUUAUGUAUGUAUAGAUGUAAAAUAUUUUUAUCAAUAUAACUUGACAUCGCUUCUGUUACUGUAUGUAAAAGCGUUUUUAAACAAAAUACCAGUCGUAAUGCUAGUCAAUUUCAUACAAAGCGGUUCAAUAUUCAUAAUAACACUAGAUAUUUAUCUUAUUUUCUUCGCUUCCAUGAGAAUAUUAGUACAAUAAAUACUUACGCAAGUACAAUAUUAUAUACAUGUGCGUGUAAGUUCCUAUGUAUCAAGGGAAGUUUCUUUCUAUGUGUGCAAUAAUUAACACGGGAUCAUUAAUAAUGUUAUAAACAGUGGCGUAGCAAAGGAGGGGCAACGGGGGCUAGUGGUAGUGGAGAAAUCCCUGAAAACAUUCUAUCUUAGUGAUUCCUCCACUAGCACUAAUUCAGCUCUAUGUAGAAUUCGGGGAUUCCCGCAAAAGAGCUUGACGCUGUCGUGGGGGAUUCCCUGUCCCAUACUAUAAUUUAAUAAAUGACCCAUGUCCUUUAUCAUAUAAAAUUUAUGUUUUUUUACUUUCGAUGGGGUGACACCACCAACUUCCGCACCGGGUGCCACCAAAUGUAGCUACGCCACUGGUUAUAAAUAAUGAGAUUUUUUUGAGGCAAGUGGCACGGAAAACUGAGGCUUUAUAUAUGUAAUAGACACUAUAAUCUGUGCCUACGUAUGACUACGAUGACGUCACAUUCUGAAUCGCGCUAACGUUAUCUCGACCGCUAAGGAUACAACUUCUUGAUCUUAGACACUGGGCCAGUAAGGGGCUCUCUAGGUUUGGAAGAACAUUUUUAUAUGGAAAGCUUAACCGCUAUUUGGAACUAAACGCAAACAUGCUCUUUCGAAUAGAAAUUCUAUGGAAAUUCGAUAGUUUCGAGCUGUCAAACAUUUGCAAUUAUCGUAUUUGCAUCUACGACAACACACUGUUCCAAGGCACGUAUAGGGUUGAAGCGCCACUGAAAUAUUAUUAGAUAUCUACGCUUGGUAUUGAUGGAUGCUGAUAAAAGAUUUUCGCCGGUAGUAACUUAGUUAUACAUUAGGUACCGGUGCUAAAUGUCGAUCUUGUAGCAAGUAGAUUUUCUCGGCUCCGCCCAUAACUCUUAAAACAAACACUGAACAGUGCCUUUAUUUGUUUAAAAGAUCUGUUAACUAUAGUUUUAGGUUUUCAUUACAAAUUCUAAAAUAGGUAAUUAAUUAUCGCUCAUAUUAAGACCAAAGUAAGAAUACAUAGGCCGCCAAAAAAACUAGAAUGAACAAAGCUUUAAUUCAUAUUAAAAAUAUAAUUGGCAUUUUAUAUUGUGUAACAAAUGUGGGGCAAAUGUCCCCUAAAAAAAGAUUAUAUCAUUAUCCGACUUUAAUGCGUAUCUCAGUUUUCUUAUGCUGUUCCUUUCUGGCCUUUGUUCUUUAUUCUGAGCGAAUAUCGUAGUGAUAAUAUAUGGCACUGCAAUAAAUCUUCCAUAUAUAGAUAGAUUUUAAUUUAAAGAAUGUCACUAGCUUAAAACAGUAUAGUAUACAAUAAUUUUACUCUUUGUACCUCAUUAUGAAA